GACGUGUUUACGAUACAACCUGGGGCACUGUUUACAAGCGAGCUGUAUAGUUACAAAACGGGUUAUGCUGCAGAUUGAACAAUGGUGCGCGUGUGUGCUUUUCCCGGAUGCUUCAACAGACAGAAAGCAGUGAGGCUGCGUCCUCGGCCGUUAUCUGCAGAAGAAAGGCUGACUUUUCACAGAUUCCCACUGAAUGAUCCUCAGCGCCUGAGGCUUUGGCUGCUCGCGGUUCACCGGGAUACUACUUUACCAGUGCAGUCUCUGGAAGUUCUGAGGCUCUGCAGUCAACAUUUUUCACCAGACGAUUUCAGAUCAGAUGAGGGUAAUGUAAGACGAUAUCUGAAGUCAACAGCCGUCCCUGUGUGGUUUUUAAAAACUGAGGAGACUCGGAGUGAUCCAGACAGCAACCCUGUGCAGCAGACACAGAUUUAUCCGCUGCUUUCCUUUGCUGUCCUUUGACCAGGAGGCUGAAGAUGUAGAGAGUGUUGCUGAUGAAUCAGAGAAGAGUGUGAAGACUCGGGGUAAAGGCACUACACCAGCACCACCUCAAAUAAAGCUAGAAUCUAGAGGCGCUGCUCUCGGUAGUGUCCCAGCUGAAUAUUUGGAAGAGGAGGAAGAGAAAGCACAGAGUAAUGGGAGACGGAGACGAGAAGAACGGGUUUCGCCAUAACCGCUAUCUUGCAUAGCUUUAGCGAUCAGGUGCUUUAUUCCAGCUUGUAAGGUAAGACUGAUACAGGUGACACCCCUCGACCGGAUUCACCAGCGGAUCUUCAAUCUGAAGCCGAUCUCUUCAAUAUUGUAUUAUUAAUACAAGGAGAACAAAUUCUCCUUACCGUCUUUUUAACAGGUGAGCAGCAGCUGCCCCUGCAAGAGCUGAUUUUUUAAUUUUUUUUUUGAGGUCCUACACAUAUUUGGCCACUUUUGACAACUUUGGGACAUGUCUUACAAUCAACCAUACCGAAACCCAGCUGAUGGUUACAGCGCAAGCAAUGACAAGUACAAAGACUCGCAACGAAUUUAUCACCGGGAGUCUACGGCUUACAGGUCGCGAGUUAGGACCGGGUCCCCAGAGCGGACGUCUCCGUCCUCAUCAGAACCUGUCCUCUCGUCUGCCAAGGCUUUGUCUUUUCUGCAUAGCUGUGGACUGGAUGCUGAAGACCUUCAAACUCUGGCCAAGCUUCCCGAGCAUCUCAUCGCAGCCGAUACCCUUCCUGACCUUCUUGCGCAGCUCAAAAGUAAGAAAGCGUCCAACACUUCUUCGUCUAGGUCCGGUGCGCUCCAAGCCAGUUCGUCAUCUCGCUCCUGGGACGACAGGAGCCACUCUCAGCUGGUUGAGUAUCCAUUGGAUUUGCCGGUCCGUCAGUCAUAUUCCAUUCCUCGAGAGCAGCUUCCAACCUGGGACGACCGCUGGGAAAACGUCCAACAGUCAAGCUCUCCGUCAUGCACGUACCCCAGUUCUGACUCAAACUACGUGGUUGAGUACAACCAUCUGAAAGACAAACAGUCUUAUUUUGAUAAAGCGUCUUAUGCCACGGAACCAUCGAGGCAGAAGACGUCCGUCGUCCCGCAGUCUUACACCAGCCACGGCAGAGACGUCAGUCAGUCCUCGCAUUUGUCCAGCAGAGACGUCAGUCAGUCCUCUCCUCUGUCCAGUAGAGAUGCAAGUCAAUCCUCCCAUCGCUCUAGCAGAGAUGUCAGUCAGUCCUCUUAUCUGUCCAAUAGAAACGUCACUCAGUCUUCACAUCGCUCUAGCAGAGAUGUCAGUCACUCCUCACAUCUGUCCGGUAGAGACAUUGGUCAGUCCUCACAGCUGUCCGGUAGAGACAUUGGCCAGUCCGGUAGAGACAUUGGCCAGUCCUCACAUCUGUCCACUAGAGACAUUGGUCAGUCCUCACAUCUGGCUGGUAGAGACAUAGGUCAGUCCUCACAUCUGUCUGGUAGAGACAUUGGCCAGUCCGGUAGAGACAUUGGUCAAUCCUCACAUCUGUCCACUAGAGACAUUGGCCAGUCCUCACAUUUGUCCGGCAGAGACAUUGGCCAGUCCGGUAGAGACAUUGGCCAGUCCUCACAUCUGUCCACUAGAGACAUUGGUCAGUCCUCACAUCUGUCUGGUAGAGACAUUGGUCAAUCCUCACAUCUGUCCACUAGAGACAUUGGCCAGUCCUCACAUCUGUCCGGUAGAGACAUUGGCCAGUCCUCACAUCUGUCGAGCAGAGACAUUGGUCUACCAUCGCUCCUGUCCAGCAGAGACGCCGGUCCACCCUCGCUCCUGUCCAACAGAGGCAUCGCUCCACCUUCUCUCCUGUCCAGCAGAGACGCCGGUCUGCCCUCGCUCCUGUCCAUCAGAGACCUUGCUCCACCCUCGCACCUGGCCAGCAGAGACGUUGGUCAGUCUUCACACCAACGGAGGACAGAGUCAGCUCCUAGAGUGCCUACCAGGAAGGAGGCGUCAGAUUUCCACGGGAAAACUCCUCCAGUGUUUCCCUACGCGUGUGUGCUCUGCGAUAUCACUGUCCUCUCUAACAAGGACUGGUCUUUGCAUAUAAAAGGAGCCCAACAUGCUCAUAGUCAACUUAGUCUUGUGGAAAAAUAUCCAGCGUGGGAUCAGACAAUCCAAUCUGCUCGAAGAAAUGAGGCCCAUCCUGAUCGACACACGUCCAGAACCACACAGGAACGAGGUGGAACCUCAAACAGUAGAAAUGGAUCGUCAGGCAGCAAAACUGCAGCAUCGAACAGUAAAAGUCAAUCAUCAAGCAGCCAAAACCGCAGUAACACUGAAGCAGCAACGAAGUGCAAAGUGGUGUGUGUCAAGUUUGAGGUGGAUGAUGUGGAUGAAGCUUACCUGAAAAAAUUGCUUGGCCAGUUUGGGGCGAUUGUCAAAAUUAUCAUGUUACCUAGAAUGGCUUUUGUGAAUAUGGGAACAGCAGGCCAGGCAGAGGAUAUAGUAAAAUAUUUCUACCAAAACCCUUUGAGGAUCAGAGGAGAACUGAUUGUAUUUACUCUGUCUGCAGCAUUCAAUUUCCUACAGACUUCUCGUGUAGUGAGCUUUUCACCGUUACCUUCUGGUGAUGGCAUAUGCUCGGAGUUGACGGCCAUUGCUAAGCGUUUCGGAUCUGUAAAACAUUCUCUGUUUCUCCCAAGCCGGGGUUAUGUGGAGAUGAGCAGUGCAGAAGAGGCCGACAAAUUGGUGGAGCACUAUUCAACCCAUUCACUUAAAAUAAAAGGAAAAACCAUUAAUGUUUGUUCCUCAACUGAGUACCAGACGCUUGAAAUGACGGAUGCGGACAAAGAAAAGUCACCAGUUUCUUAUAGCAGCAGCAGCAGCAGGAGGAGGAGGAGGAGUUGCAGCCCAAGGAGGAGAUCCCACAGAGACUCUCCCAGCCCCAAACGAAGAGCUUCUGAAGAGAGGUCCAGGUCUCGCAGAAGUCAAGACUCUAAGAAACGAGAAGAAAGUGGACGCUCACGGGAGAAAACCAAAGAGAGCUCUAGACGGGACAGCUCAUCCAAAUCCCGUUCUAAAAGAAGCUCUCCUUCCAAAGACCAGAAGCAAAAAGCAAAAACAGAAGAGAGUGUGGAGGAGACGUUUGAAGACGACAACGAUCAGUCUGACAUCAUGGCUGAUGAUAGUGAUCUCGAAGGAGUGGCAGUUAUCGCAGAUGAUGGUGAGGCACUGAAUUCAGAAGAUGAGCUCACAGUAGAUGAAGAGAUAGAUGAUGAGGCGCAUCAAACCUCAGAUGAACAGGAACUGGAUGCAUCUGAAGAUGUCCAAACUGUGAAAGAGUCAGAUGAGCAGACUAAACCUUCAGAUAUGGACACAUCGAGCAUACAGCCAGAGACGUCGUCAGAGUGUGUACCAGCUGCUGCUACUUCGGAAAGAUCAAGCGAUUGUAAGGAAGCCCAAGAGCUUCAACAAGGACAGCAAAAAGAGCUUCUAGAAAAGCAAAAUGAGCUUCAACAAGAAGAGAAAAAAGAGCUUCAAGAAAAGCUAAAAGCGAUUCAACAAGGAGAGCAAAAAGAGCCUCAAGAAAAGCCAAAAGAGCUUCAAGAAGAGCAAAAAGAGCUUCAACAAGAAGAGAAGAAAGAGCUUCAGCAAAAAGAGCCUCAACAAGGAGAACAAAAUGAGCAACAAGGGGAGCAAAAAGACAAUACAGUGGAGAUGGAGGAGGCAGCAGAUUUCUCAGAGAAUCUAGACAAGGAGGGAGUGUUGACAGAAAAAGGUGAUGAAAUGGAGAUCUCGACUUCAAGCACUGAGGAAAUGUUUGGCAAAGUUCUUGAGGUGGCAGGUUUUCCAGUGGCUAAAAAAUACAGUGAAGCAGAUUUACUGAAAAUUGGGAAAAAAUACGGAGAUGUGGCGAACUGCUGUCUGGUUCGCAGCAGUCGAAAGGUGGAGAAGGCAUUAAUUGAGAUGGUGAAUGCUGCCGAUGCUGCGAAACUCGAAGCCGAGUGUAAAAGGCAACACAUUAAACUAGGCGGCCGAAACUUGAGGAUAACUGUGUCAAAGAAAUACAGCAAACUGAAUGAGGGGCAAAGUAUUGACACUGACUUUGAGAAAGAGAGAGUUAAGGAAGAUACUGAAGAGAACGAUAAGGAGCCGUCAAGCACACUGGCUUCCAGUGAGGAGAGUACAGUACUGAUGGCUGAGAUCUCUGAAGAAGAUGCCAACAUGGACACAAUCAUGCAAACGUCUAGUGAUGAAGAGGAAGGGUAUGGCAGAGUGCUCCGGAUCAGAAACCUUCCAAUGCCUGAUGAGUACACCGAUGCAGAAUUUCUGAACAUUGCAGAACCGUAUGGUAAAGUAGUGCGCCAUUGGAUGUUUCGCCUUCAUCGAACGGGACUGAUUGAAAUGGAAAAGGCCUCUGAUGCUGAAAAGGUUAUAGCUGCGGCCAACAUGAAUAAAAUUACGGUUGCUGGAAUACAUCCCAAGAUUUUAGUGUCUACCAAACAUGCUCAUUUAAAUAAGAGGUACUUUCUACAUGGACCUACUGAUGGUUCUGUACACCCAUCUUCCGAGUUAGAGGAGGAAAACGAUGAAUCCAAGACACAAAACAGUAUUUCUGAGCAGCAGCCAUCUAUCCAGACAUCAGCGGAUGUCGAGGAGUCUUCGAAUGAUAAUCCAGAUGACAACUCGAAGGUAGAUGAGAAGCAGGUUUCUGCAGUUGAUGAUGCAAGCGUAACGAAGGCGGAAAAUUCAGACGCUGUGUCAGAGACGCAAACACCUGUGAUGGAUCCAGUGGGCACAGAGUUUGUUCGGCCCGUGGUGGGUUACUUCUGCAGCUUGUGUAAUGCCAUUUAUGCCAGUGAGGAAGAGGCCAAAGACGAACACUGCAGGACCCCAAUGCAUCAUCAGAAACUGAAGGAGCACAAGGAGCGUUCAACAUGAAACAUGAACUCUCACGAUGAUGACAUACUGUAGCUUAUUCACAUCAUAAUAUGUGUUAAGUCAGUAAGAGAUUCAGUACUAAUGCAGAAUUUGUCUUUUUUUUAAAAUUAUAGCAUGUUUGUUCUGUUGUCCUUUUGUGUCAUUAAUGGUUUUAUCUGGUGAUCAACAAAAACUGUCAAGUUUUCUUCAAAAAGCAUGUAUUUUCUUGCAGUGUACUGGAUUGAUUUUAUAACUAAAACAGAAUGCCGUAAUCCGUUCACGUUCAAAUAAAGACAUGUACAGUUAUCAAAUAA